AUGACUGUCUACCAAGGCAAUGACGGUCCCCCUGGUCAUCCUCGCUACCCUCUUACUGCGCCUUACUCCUGGCGGGCCUGGGCUGAACCAGUCCACCGAAAUAUGGGCAUUCGUCGAAUGAUGAACAUCGUCUUCACCGACCCCCAGAUGGCUAUCUUAAGGUUGACCUGUCCAAUCGUUCCUUCGACGGACGCUGAGAUGCCGUUCCUCAUUCCUCGUCGCCUUCGUGACAACACUUUACGAGGAUGGCGACUCAUUUCUCCUCCAGCGUUGCCUAUGGAUUGGGCCACUUGGAGGGCAGAUCCUCACUAUCAACACUGGCACAUCUAUAUCGAUGUGGCCGUUUCUUUUGAAGAGGCCUUGGCCAAGUACAGGCGGGAGCGAGCUGCAUGGCUCGCUGACCAUACUUCGCCUCCUCCUGGUACCCCUGUUAUUCGUCAUCCUCACCCUCAACUUCCUCGUCUUACUGAGAGGGACGCGACUCUGCACCUGCUUCACUCUCGCCCUCUGGUACUUCGAGUCUGGAAACGUCAAGUCUUUGGUACCAGCGCGUCGGUCUCCCAGGCGGCUCCUGCUUCUUCGGUGCCUCCUGUGUCUACUCUGGACGAUCGUCGUUCCGCGUCGUCCUCUGUAGUCGCGUCGGGUACGGGUCUUGACGACGGGGACGCUGUCGACGAACUCGACCCUUCGCCUAGCGGCGAAGACGUGCAUCAAGAGGCUCCUCGAACCCCUCGUCGAUCUCGCUCCUUUCAGGUGUCUCCUAAGACGCCCAAGACGCCCGGCAUCCCUCCUAUCCCUGCGACUCCUUCCUCUGCGAGGAAAAUCGUUCCUAUUCCUGGUCAACCCGCCGUCUACGGUCCUUCCUCUUUCCCUCGUGCUCCCAAAGGUCCUCAAGCAAGGAGGGACACCACUCCUCUCGAGCUUCAGUUCUCACAGAGGACUGGCGUCUCCAUUCAACACCUGAGCCGGGAGGAACGCCAGGCGCACUACUUGCGUCCACCAGUCCCUCCUAAGGGCUCCCCUUCCUCUUCGUCUUCGUCUUCUUCGUCUAACUCUGAAGGAGGCUCGUCGGAUGCUAGAGACGAUGCGUCUCGCUCCUCGAGCAACCCCUUCGUCGGAUCCCUUCGUCGCAACAUGCCUACCGCGCAACGUCAGACUACCGACCUUCGCAACAUCCUCUACCAGAACCUUACAGGUAUCAUGGGUUCCCGGCGGUUGUUGUCCGACCAUGCCUUGGUUGUGGGCCCCUGCGCUAGGUGUGCCUUCUUAGGCAUCCCUAGGUGUGAGUACCGUGGUCCUGGUCUUAGCUGCGGCAACUGCGGUCGAGCGGACAAGCCAUGUCCGUUUUCGUUGAACAUCGACGCUCGUCGCGGCCUUCGCAACCAACUGGCGGGUGCAGCUGAGGGAUCUUCUCAUUACAUUGACACUGUCGUGCGCGACAUCUUGCACCAGUCUAACGUGGUGCGAGAUUCGCUCAAUCAGUACCUCACCCACUCCCUCCACCUUUACGAGCUUCACGCUCGUCUCCUCUCGGCCAUUUAUCGUUUGGAAACGUCUGAGGGACCCGAGGCCAUCGUCGUCGAGUUUUUCAACAACGACUUCGAUGCGUACCUCGAGUUUCGCUCGAUGUUUACCUUCGAUAAUUUCCUCGUGGGUGCCGACGGUAGCACCGUCAACAAGGCCGAGCUUGUCCAGCGUAUGGACGAGCUCUUCACCCGUUCGCGUCGGGCCUCCGGCGUACCCAUCCCUGACGACGAACUCCUUCCUACCGUCGCCAACCCUCCUCACGCUCCUUACGUCUUUGGUUCGUUCAUUGCGCAGGAGUUCCCGAUGGCCAAGGACGGCCGUCUCUGGUCCCCGUCGCAACUCGAUCGUCCUAUCGACGACGAGUUCGACGAUUUCCUCGAUCAAGACGCGUCCUCUCUUCCCGCAUUCGACCCUCUUGUCGACCCGGCGGACGUCUACGACGAUCGUACUGGCGUAGCUCCCAGUGCUGACGUUAUCAUUGGGGACUCUCUUGGUCUCUUUUCGUCAGAGGAGUCUCCAGAGUGGCCAGGCAUCGAGGGUUCGGCGAUGAACGUCGACGAGAGGUCUAGCUCGGCCCUCUCCUCUGCUCGUUCUGGUGGUGGCGCCUCGUCCUCGAACUCAAGCGACGAGGGAGACCUUUCUGACUCCCCCGAAUACUAA